AUGUUUACAGACAAAAAUCACGUUGAGGAUGAAAUUGAAAAAAGGAUGCUGCCUUAUAAAGAAGCCAUUUGUAACAGUCGUUACAAAAUUAUUUAUCCAGAAGCUAUGCAUACAAAUGACGGUUGGCUUUUCAUAGUUAAUAACGAACAGUACAAGCAAGAUUUACGUAUUGAAGAGUGCGAACCCGAAGACGAACAAUGCUAUUAUGAAGCAUCAAAUUUACCCAAGGGCUUCAACGCAGUCUGUAAACAACAUUUUAUUGAAAAAGUCCUUGUGGCGAUGACAAUGUAUGGUGAUGUGAUAACCCAUCAUGCUCAAAUACCCUCCUGUUGUAAAUGUGUCAUAGAAGAGGAUUUUUCCAAAACUGACUUAUGA